ACACACACACACACACACACACACCCUCUCUAUGCUACGUGCAGUCUCCACCCGUCUGUCCGUCCGUCCGCUCUUCGGCCUCGUCUCCCUGGCCUGCCUGGCCCUGUUCUGCUGCCACCCGUCCCUUUAUACCUACUACCUGGUCCCCCCAGAUUACGUCUCCCAAAGCUCGUGCUACUCUCUCUUCCUAUAUCCAUAUUCGUAUCCCUAGCUACCCACUAUACUGCCCAUCUACCUGCCGUGUCGUACGCCCAUCCGUCUUGGCCUAUACAUGCGUCCACUCGCCUACCCGUAAACCCCGGGAGCCCGACCGAGAUAAAGCGAGGACGAGGGAGAGGAGCAAGGAUAACGAGAAGUCGAUACCCACCCGCCUGCCUGUCUCCCUGCCUACCUUAGGUACUUAUCGAUUCUGCCCGUCCACGAUACGCCGGAGUGCACACCGAUUUACCGCAACCUUUCAGCCGUCGUGAUGGAGAUGUCCGGUACCAACAGUGCCGCCGACCCGGCGAAACCAGCUCCCAAGGACAUGUCCCACCACUUCUCCGACGUGACCAAGGCCCGCGUCCCGAGCAAGAUGAAGGAGUUCUACAAGUUCUUCCAGAUCCCGAACAUAGGCCAGCUCGCCGGUGGUCUUCCCAACCCGCAACUAUUCCCCUUCGACACCCUCGAGGCCCAGACCGCGAAGCCGGACCGGUGGACGCCGUCGCCGAACUACCGGAGCGAGCACGACAAGACCGACGGCGCGCCCCCUUCCCGGUCGAGCGCGGCGGCGUCGCACGUCGUCGUGCCCCACGACGACCCGACCUCGGACCCGCGCAAGAAGAUCGACCUCGCCACGGCGCUGCAGUACGGCCAGGCGGACGGGUACCCGCCCCUGCUCUCCUUCAUCCGCCAGUUCGCGCGCGACUGCCUGCACCCGAAUGUGCCCUACCAGGGAGGCCCCGAGGUCGUUUUCUCCGUCGGCGCGACCGACGGCAUGGCCAAGGUCCUCGAGGUCUUCACCAACGUCUGGGUCGAGGGGAAGCACGACCCCCGCGACCGCCCCGGCCUGCUGUCCGAGGUCUUCAUGUACACCAACGUGCUCGCCCAGGCCCAGCCCCGCGGCGUCCAGGUCGUCCCCGUCGAGAUGGACGCCGAGGGCAUGGCCCCGCACGGCCCCGGCAGCCUCGAGGACGUGCUCGCGAACUGGGACGACAGUAAGGGGAAGCGCCCGCACUUGCUGUAUACCGUCACGAUGGGACACAACCCGACGGGCGGCGUCCUGUCGCUCGAGAGGAGGAGGGAGAUAUACGCGAUCUGCAGCAAAUACGACGUCGUCAUCGUCGAGGACGACCCGUACUGGUACCUCCAGUUCCCGUCGGCCGAAGUCGAGGAGGCCAAGGCCCGCAACCUGCCCGUUCCGGAGCCGAAGCCGGCGAACACCCUCGAGAAGAAGUCGGGAUACGCCUACCUCGACUCGCUCGUGCCGUCGUUCCUCAACAUCGACGUCGACGGGCGCGUGGUGAGACUCGACACCUUCUCCAAGACCGUCGCCCCCGGGUGCCGCAUGGGGUGGCUGACGGGCGCGCCCGACGUCAUCGAGCGCGUCCUGCGCGUCAGCGAGGCGUCGACGCAGCAGCCCUCGGGGUUCGCGCAGGUCGUCAUCGCGCAGACGAUCAUGGGCCCGCAGCCGGAGGCGGCCGCCCGCACGUUUGCCUUGCUGCCGUUCGGGUCGCGGUCCACGUUCAGCGGCUGGCAGAUGGACGGAUGGGUGCGGUGGCUCGCCGGGCUGCGGGGCCAGUACGAGCGGCGCAUGGUGCGGAUGUGCCGCGCGCUCGAGGAGGGCGCGUACCAGCUGAAGCAGUCGACGCCGCUGCGCAAGGCCGACGCCGACUGGGGCGUCAUCACGAAGACGCGGCUGUACGACUUCCGGUGGCCGCGCGGCGGCAUGUUCGUCUGGGUGCGGCUGCGCUUCGAGACGCACCCGCUGUGGCAGGCGGCGGGCUCGAAGGGCGGCGCCGUCGACGGCACGACGCUGGCCACGGCGCUCAUGAUCUUCCUCACGCGGCGGCCCUUCCUCGUCCUCGUCAGCCCGGGGCUCAUGUUCAGCGCGACGCCCGAGAUCCGCGCCCGCCGCGGCUGGGCCUACUUCCGGCUCUGCUUCGCCGCCGAGUCCGAGGAGAACGUCGGCGCGUGCUCGCGCCGCUUCGGCGACGGCGUCCAGCGCUUCUGGCGCAUCAAGAGCGUGCACGACCUCGAGGCCAUCCUCGAAGAGGCCAAGGGCCUGCACCACGCCGACGUGACCGGGGCGGCGGGAAUGGGAAACUUGGGGACGUGGAGGGGGUGUUAAGAGAGAAAUAUCGAUAUAAAUAGACGGGGCCGUGGGAGGGGUUGGGCAAGCGAUACUGUAGCAUAUUCUUUUUAUCGAGUCCAUAGAAGG